CACAAAGGCCGGCUCCAGCGAGGCGCGUUACCGCGGGGUUGGGGGGGGCGCACCGCGCAGGCCCCACCUUGCUGAGCGUCUCCUUCUUGUCCUUGGGCCGCUCGAGGCGGUCGAGCUCAGCGGCGCCCGUCCUGCUGUCCCCGGCGGCAGCGGGGCCCGACCCCGCCCCCAGCAGAGCCCCGGGCCCGGCGGCGGCCCCGCGCCGCUCCUUGGGCCUCGCGUUCUCCUUGUCCUCCUUCAUCCCGGGCCGCCGCCUCUCGCGCGGCUGCGCCUUAAAGGGCCACGAGCCGCGCCCUCGGCCGAGGCCGCCCCGCCGCGGCCCCGCCGCACUACGGCUCCCGGCGUGCCCCGCGCGGCCCCCGCCGCACUACGGCUCCCGGCGUGUCCGCGCAGUGACGGCGGCGCGAGGCAGGCCGGGAGCGCUCGCAGGGAGGCCGGGUCGGCGGUGCGUGAGAGGGGCACCGCGGCACGGCACCGGCGGGAUGUGGUACGAGAUCCUGCCCGGCAUGGCCGUCAUGGGCGUCUGCCUCGCCAUCCCCGGCCUCGCCACCGUCUACGUGCACCGCUGGAGUAACGGCGGCAAGGAGAAGAGGAUCGCCCGCUAUCCCUACCAGUGGUCGCUGAUGGAGAGAGACAAGCGGCUGUCGGGGGUCAACAAGCACUACGUGUCCAAGGGUCUGGAGAACAUAGACUAAGGUGAUGGCUCUUUGAAGAAUCCACUUAUCCAUAUAAAAUGAUUUAAUAAAGAUAUACAUGUAUUCAAACCUUG